AGUCGGGCCUCGCCGCGGCUCACCUAGUCAUUUCGUAGGAUCACUCAGUCGCGGACGCGUUCACGAGCUCGCUCGGCUGUUUGCAGCAGAUCCAACCGACCAGCGCGAGACCGGCUGCGACGGACGUAAUAGAAUGAAGGACAUCCGGUCGCAGUUUCAAAAAAAUGGCUUCGUCGUCCUGGAGAACUUCCUUCAACCGGAAGAGGUCGACGAGCUCAAAUUUUGCGGCGAGGAGUUCACAAAUAACUUGCCACCGGAAAACGAACGAAGCGUUUUCAACACGGUAGAAUUGCAACAGACCAAAGAUAAAUACUUCCUGGACAGCGGUAAUAAAAUUAGUGUUUUCUUCGAAUCCGAAGCAUUGGACAACGACGGGAAACUGAAAGUCCAUCCCCGAAUAUCCUUAAACAAGGUAGGCCAUGCGCUUCACUGGCUUCAUCCGACGUUCAAAAAAUACACAUUCGACGAGAGGGUGAAGGAGGCAGCUUUCCAGUUGGACUAUCAAGAACCAGCUGUUUGCCAAUCGAUGUACAUGUACAAAAAUCCGGGCAUUGGUUCGGAAGUUAUCAUGCACCAAGACGCGACGUACCUAUACACCGAUCCAAUGAAACUAGUUGGUUUCUGGAUCGCGCUGGAAGAUGCUACUCAGGAAAACGGAUGCCUAUGGAUCGCGCCAGGUUCCCAUCAAAGCGGUGUACAUAGACGUUAUCUAAGGAAUAAGGAUGCAGAUUCCAAAGAAUUAUUAAUUUACGACAGCGCGGCACCCUGUUAUCAACUUAGUAAUUUCCGACCGGUACCGGUCAGUAAAGGUACCUGCAUCCUAAUUCACGGACAAGUUGUACAUUUCUCGUAUCCAAAUAAGAGUGACAAGUCGAGACAUGCGUAUACGUUUCACGUGAUCGAAACGCAGCACGUGUCUUACGCGAAGGAAAACUGGCUACAACCACCUCCGGGAGGAUUUCCAAAACUUUACAGGAAUUAAAUUCGUUCAAAGGUACGCACCGAUAUCGGAGC